AUGGCUGCCAGGUGGGCCCCGCCGGCCGGCCUCCUGCUGCUCCUGCUGCUGGCGGUCCUGCUGCCGGCGCGCGCGGACAGGCCGGCGAGGACCGCCCACGCAGACGACGACCCGGAGGCCUCCUCCGCCGUGUUCCAGCUCUACGGCAACGUCUACCCCCACGGGUUGUACUACGUGGCCAUGAACAUUGGCAACCCGGCGAAACCAUACUUCCUUGACGUCGACACCGGCAGCGACCUCACCUGGCUGCAGUGCGACGCCCCCUGCGUCAGCUGCUCCAAGGUGCCACACCCGCUCUACAGACCAACAAAGAACAAGCUGGUACCGUGUGUUGAUCAGCUGUGCGCCUCUCUGCAUGGCGGCCUCAGUAAAAACCACAAGUGCGACUCACCGAAGCAGCAGUGUGACUAUGAAGUUAAGUAUGCCGACCAGGGUUCAUCCCUUGGCGUGCUCGUCAACGACAGUUUUGCAGUCCGCCUUGCGAAUGCCUCCGUUGUCCGCCCCAGUCUUGCAUUCGGGUGUGGGUAUGACCAGGAGGUCGGGAGCAGCACUGAGGUUGCGCCCACUGAUGGUGUGCUUGGGCUUGGGAGUGGAUCGAUCAGCCUGCUUUCACAGCUCAAGCAGCAUGGUAUCACCAAGAACGUGGUUGGCCACUGCCUCAGCAUGAGAGGAGGGGGAUUCCUCUUCUUUGGGGAUAAUCUCGUGCCUUAUUCACGUGCAACAUGGGUACCAAUGGCUAGGAGUGCAUUCAGGAAUUAUUACUCACCUGGCUCAGCAAGCCUGUAUUUUGGUGGCCGGUCACUUGGCGUGAGACCAAUGGAAGUAGUAUUGGACAGCGGAAGCUCGUUCACCUACUUUUCUUCACAGCCAUAUCAAUCGCUUGUCACUGCACUUAAGGGUGAUCUAAGCAAGGCGCUGAAAGAGGUGUCUGACCCCUCUCUGCCUCUAUGCUGGAAAGGAAAGAAACCAUUCAAAUCCGUGCUUGAUGUCAAGAAGGAGUUCAAAUCAUUGGUUCUGAACUUUGCCAAUGGCAAGAAGGCACUCAUGGAGAUCCCUCCUGAGAACUACCUCAUCGUCACUAAAUACGGGAAUGCAUGUUUGGGCAUCCUUAACGGAUCAGAGAUUGGACUCAAGGAUCUGAACAUUGUUGGAGAUAUUACAAUGCAGGAUCAGAUGGUGAUAUAUGACAAUGAGAGAGGGCAGAUUGGAUGGAUCCGAGCACCCUGUGAUAGAAUCCCCAAUGAAAAUACCAUUCAUGGAUUUGAGGAAGGUUAUUGUUGGCCCCAGUUCCCCAGCAUCUUUGGUAUUCAGAAUGAAGAAUGUGCAGCUUACUACCGUUCGUACAAAGAGUGA